AUGGAUCUAGUGCUGUACAAUCCGGAUGAGGUUCUUAACACGCCUACAUACUCAUUCAUGCUCCUACUCCCCCAGGCGCUUCUCAUGGAUCUGUCCUAUACUCUUCAAACGCCUAAGAAUGUGAGGCAGUCAGAACUUCAAAGCAGCAAGAUCAAGCAGCUUCAUCAGAAGAGCUGGAUCAAGAUACACAGCUUUCAUGCUUGUACUCAGAAGCAGCUUGUCAUGAAUUAUAGCCUGGAUGCUGACUACUGUCCUCUCUACAGUGCAGGAAAAUCAAAACGAAAUUAUUUUCCAAGUAACUACCCCCACCGGUGCAUGCUCUCUCUCUCCUCUACACCACGUAGUGGUCAUGAGGCACCAAGAGGAACCCUUGAGGGAUUGGACUUUUGCAAGAUCAACGCGCUAGAUGAGAAGCAUGUUCGUCAAGCUGUUGAGUAUUUCUUUUCAUGGUCGGCUCUCGCGCUCCACAUGACGUUCCGCUAUACGCCGCAACAUGCGUACUGCAUUGGCAGACCCUCGAGAGCCAAAAUUUCAAAGAUUCAACGAGAACUCCUCACAAAGCCAGAUAUUGAAGAGAUUCAGAAAGACAUGAAAGAUGGGGGUUUACGCUCGUCUGAGCUUCAAUAUUCAGGGUCGUACUAUCAUGCUAGCAUUUCAAACAAGGAGGAGCUCACUCGAUAG